AUGUAUCGAAAUAGAAGUACAACAGAUCCCGUUUCUAAACAAUCAUCAAUAGCACAUACUCUAUCAAGUAUACCUGUAAUGGCUACAUCUAAAGAUAAUGAUAAUCCUUCAUCACCACAAUCCCCAACAGAUACACAAAAUCUUUUAAAUAAAUCAACAAUGAAUACAAAUCGAGAACCUAGACGUAGUCGAACUACAUGUCAACCAAAAGGAACAAUACCUUAUAUAGUAGGCAACAGUGAUACAUUAGAAAAGAUUGCUCUUCAUUUUAAUUUAACGCCGUCCGAAUUACUCCAGCUCAAUAAAUUAUAUUCACGUAUUGUCUUUCCUGGACAAAUACUCUAUGUACCUGAAAUAUCUUCUUCUUCAAAUAUAAAUAAUGAACAAGAAAAAUCUAAUGCUCUGCCAAUAAAAUUACCAUCAUCAUUAUUAAAAAUCCCUAAAGAUGAUGAUGUAUUUAUUGUUCAUAAUGAUCGUCGUACAUUAAGUGAAUCUUCUCCACCGGUUAUACAACAAGAUAUUGGUCAAAUGGUUUGGUCAAUGUCACGACAAAUAAUAUCAAAACCUGGCCGUGCUCAACGAUUAGAAAGUGAUCAAAGUAUAGAAAACGAAUUAUUAACACGACCUAUUGAAGAUCGUAUAAAAACUCAAAAAGAAGAUAAUAAAAAACAAGUUAGACAAAUUAAAAAAUCUUUAUCUAUAGAAGAAAGUCAACAAUUAGAUGAAGAAUGUUUACGACGUUUUAUUAAACUUAAUGUUAGACUUAUGACUGAUGAUCAUAAAAGUGUUGCUGGUACAUUACUUGUUACACCAAAUGCAGUCAUGUUUGAUCCCGAUGUUCUUGAUCCAUUGGUUAAAGAAAAUGGUAUUGAUAAAUAUGGUUUAAUAAUUCGAAUGGAUUUACUUGCUGGUAUUGCUUUAUAUGAAGAUAUUGCGAUGUAUGAACAUGCAGCAACAUUACGAGAUGAGGAAAAACGAAAAAUGUGUCAUUCAACAAGUUUAAAAAAUUUUCAUCAAUCUACAACAAUUUUAUCCAAUAAUGAUGAACAUGAAAUACAUGAAAUAAUGUCAUCAUUAUUGGAUCAUAUUGAUAAAGAACUAAAUUUAUCAACUGAUUUAGGUGUUAUGUUAUAUAAUGUAUCAUCAAAUAUUCAACGUCGUAUAUCAUCAGAUAAUCAAAGUUUUCAUCAUGAAGAUUUAUUUCAUUCAUUUGAUGAUUCUAAACAUUCCAUUGGAGUUUUAAUUGAUGAUAAAGAUUUAUCAUCAGAAUGUAAUUUGGAAAAUUGUGUACCUGCUGAUGAAUUUAAUAAACGUUUCGGUGAAAUAGAUAAAUUAUUACAAAAACAACAUGACAUUUAUGUAACACCGCAUCCAAUAGAAAUUCCAUAUUAUUUAUGUUUGAAAACAAGCACACCUACAAAUGAUAUCGGAUCUGUACAAGAUAGACUCAAUAGGAAAAGUAUUGAUUAUGUUUAUGGAAAAAAACAACUUGACCAUGAAUAUUGGUUUUCUGUACCAAAAGAAAAAAUUGAUCAUAUCUAUGCAUUUUUUCUUCGUUGGAGUCCUGAUCAUUCAACAGAUUUAUUAUCUCAUGAUAAUCAUUUCGAUAAUAAUAAUACAACAACAUUUAAUCAAAUUCAUCGUCGUUCAUCUUAUACUCAAAUAAAACAAAAUGAAAUCUCAUCUGGUCAAGGUUUUGUUCUAUUAGCAAAUGAUGAUCCUGAAUUAACAGAUGAUUAUUUAUAUACUAAUCAAAAAAAUAAUACUAUUAAUUCAAAAAAUUCAAUAUCAAUUGAUAAUGAUAUACAACAAAAAAAACAACAUUAUUUAAAACGACAAAAUACUUUACUUAAAGAAUGGGAGUUUAUAAUACUAGAAGGAUAUUCAACAUAA